CUCUUAAACUGCAACAGAGCCCUUGUCAAGAAGCCCAGCCCCAUUGCCCAAAUAUCCCAGUGUGUGCGCGCGCUUCCUGCCGAAUGGACUUGGCGGUGAAUGCGCCCCGGCCUUUAUGACGCGCGCCGCUCACGUUUGAGGAGAACCCCCAGACUUCAGCGACACUACUGUAGUCCACACAAAGAAGACGCGCUCGUUCCUUUAUGACGCGUCGAUCCGGAUUCCAGAAUGACACUGUAGAAGGUGUCUCGAUUCGAAUUCAGCUGGAACGCGGCGGUUCGAAAAUCCGCUCUGCGCUAUGAGAGAAAUGGAUACGAGCAUGUUGGUUUCCUGCAGACGGAUAUAAGUUUUGCAUCAUUUAUUACUCGAUCUUCACGUCAAGGGGGAAUAAACGGACUGAUUAAACUGACGGGCCGGGGGGCAACAAUCGUUUGCUUUCAUUGUGAAGAAAAACAGCGAUAUUAUUCGUGCAAACGUCUUCGUGACUGUCCAUUUAUUCGUUAUCUGAUUAGUAACGGCGCUUCUGAAGCCUCUGUUUUCACAAUGCAGUUUCGGACAGUUUUGGAUGUAAAAGUGGUGGAUGUGGAGAAGAGGAGGAAUCCGUCCAAACAUUACGUGUAUCUCAUCAAUGUCACGUACUCUGACUCCACAUCCCACGUCAUCUACAGAAGAUACAGUAAAUUCUUUGACCUUCAGAUGCAGAUUCUCGACAAGUUCCCAAUCGAGGGAGGGCAGAAAGAUCCCAAAAAACGGAUUAUCCCUUUUCUUCCAGGCAAAAUCCUAUUCCGACGAAGUCAUGUGAGAGACGUGGCCAUGAAAAGACUACGCUUUAUUGACGACUAUUGCAGAGCGCUGGUCCGGCUUCCUCCCCAGAUCUCGCAGAGUGAGGAAGUUCUCCGCUUCUUCGAGACCAAACCAGAUGAUAUCAACCCUCCCGUAGAGGAUUAUGGAUCCAAACGCAAGUCAGUUUGGAUGUAUGGCCUUCAGGACAGUCCAACCAAGUCUGAGGCCUCAGGACUGGACAGCAGUGAGCCCAUGGUGCUGGAGCAGUACGUGGUGGUGGCCAACUACGAGCGGCAGGAGAACUCGGAGAUUAGUCUGAAGGCUGGAGAGACGGUGGACGUGAUCGAGAAGAGCGAAAGCGGCUGGUGGUUUGUCAGCACAGCUGAAGAACAGGGCUGGGUUCCUGCCACGUACCUGGACUCUCAGAGCGGCACCAGAGAUGAUCUGGACCUGGGAACAUCUAGAUCUGGAGAAGUUACUAAGAGACGUAAGGCUCAUCUGAAGAGGCUCGACCGGAGAUGGACACUAGGGGGAAUAGUCAACCGCCAACAGAGCCGAGAGGAGAAAUAUGUCACUGUCCAGCCGUAUUCCAGCCAGGGAAAGGAUGAGAUUGGGUUCGAGAAAGGAGUAACCGUGGAGGUCAUCCAGAAGAACCUGGAGGGAUGGUGGUACAUCAGGUAUCAGGGUAAGGAGGGCUGGGCCCCAGCCUCAUACCUGAAGAAACUGAAAGAUGACCUUUCCCCAAGGAAGAAGACUCUGACUGGCCCCGUGGAGAUCAUCGGAAACAUAAUGGAGAUCAGUAACCUCCUCAACAAGAAGGCUGUAAGCGAGAAGGACAUUCAAACUGACGGAGAGGCCACCACCCCUGAGCGCCACAUUUCUAAAAGUGAAAUCAGUUUACCUAUCCCGUAUGCCCCAGAGGCUGGAGUGGCACCCACAGUGGUCACUGGUUUGGGAAUGAACUCUGGAUCUAGCGCCGCCCUACAGGAGAACAAGAGCAGGGCAGAGCCGGGGUCACCUGCCAUAGCCCGGGUGGCACCACACAGAGUUGAGAUAGGAUUUGAUGCCAUAGGAUCUCCAAACCUCAGACAGAAACCACCUCCUCGAAGAGAUGCAAAUCUGGCAUUCCAGUUGCCCAAACCUCCAGAGGCCCCUACUGUGGAAGCGGAGUACUACACCAUAGCAGAGUUUCAAUCCAGUAUCUCAGAUGGCAUCAGCUUCCGUGGAGGACAAAAGGCUGAUGUCAUAGAGAAGAACUCUGGUGGUUGGUGGUAUGUCCAGAUCGGGGAUAUGGAAGGCUGGGCACCCUGCUCCUACAUUGAUAAACGCAAGAAGCCCAACCUGAGCCGGCGAACCAGUACACUUACCCGCCCCAAAGUUCCACCCCCUGCUCCACCAGUCAAAAAACAGGAUUCUGAGGAAUCACCUUCUCUGUGUGGUUCCGCCUCCAAAGCCUCAGAAUCCCCCACUCAGCGUGUCUAUGAGGAGCCGGAAUAUGACGUUCCUGCCAUUGGUUUUGACUCCGAGCUGGACAGUAAUCCUCCAAAACAAAAAUCAAAUAAUUCCCCAAAACCAGAGCCCCGUAAGUUUGUAAUUAAAAGCAAUCCAGCAGCUGCCGAAAGGAUAGCACAGGCUGGUAAAGCGUCGCCUUUACUAAAAGUGAUGACCUCUCCCUUGAGGAAAAGAAACUCAUUGGAGGAUGUCAAUAGGGAGGAAGUGAUUUAUGAAAAUGAAGGGUUUAGGUUUUCCUCUGAUGACUUUGCCAGUGGUUGCGAUUCAGAUACCCCAAGGAGUCUCACGUUGGGUCGCAAACCUUUCGGGUCCUCUUCUGGAGGAGGGAAGCCCCACCGGAAAGUAACACCAGAUCUAAGCCGGAGCCAUUCUCUUGGUCGUGCUGAGAGACACAGCCCCAAGUCAUCGUCAGACGAAUCAGGACGCAAUCCCAAAAGAGAGCCUGUUAUGCGUAAAGACGUGGAGAUCCGAAUUGGCCAGAGUCCUUUAGCCAGGCCCAAACCAGUGGUUCGACCCAAACCUCUGCUUACAAAGUCAGAGCCACAAAGCCCAGAAAGAAUGGACAUCAGUAGCCUACGUCGCCAGCUUCGGCCCACCGGAAGUCUUCGGCAAGGAGCGGUCCGUGCAGUACGUGGUGAAGAUUCUGAGACUGCUUCAGUUGUGUCCUCUGAAGAUUCCAACUCCUCAAGAAGUACCUCCGAUCUCUCCAGCAUCUAUUCCAAAGGUAGCCGAGGUGGGGAAUCCGACCAUGAAAGUGUGCUCUACAGGACCACAGAUGCCUAUGAACGAGCCCAAGAGUCAGAGGUCAGCUUCCCAGCUGGUGUGGAGGUUGAGGUGCUGGAGAAGCAGGAAAGUGGAUGGUGGUAUGUCCGUUGGGGCAAUGAUGAGGGUUGGGCACCUACUUUCUACUUGGAGCCAGUCAAGCAUACCCAUGACGUCAGUGUUCAAGAAUCCCGUGAUGGCCCUCUUGUUGAUCUCAGUAGCACCAACAAGUCCAACAGCCUCGAGAAGAACGAGCAGCGUGUUCAGGCCCUUAACAACCUCAACCAGCAGAACUUGAGGAGUAUGAGCAACCCUAGCCCACCAAUCCCAUCCAAACCACCAGGGGGAUUUAGCAAACCAAAUGCAAUGCUGAACGGUUCAGGCGUACGGAUGCGGAACGGUGUCCGUCAGGCAGCAGUGCGACCGCAGUCAGUGUUUGUGUCUCCCCCACAGCCUCUGAAGGACACCAACAUCCAUACAGGGUCUUUGAGGAGAAACGAAUCACUGGGUGCUGGUGACCACUUGAGGUCCACAGGCGUAAGGCGAAACUCCUCCUUUACUGCCGUCCGACCGCAGCCAGCGACCGAUGUGCGGGUGAGGGCCGGGACCACCAUUACAGCACCCGUCGGAAGUUCAAGCCCCUUGAUUGCCCAGAGAAAUGGAAUUCCAAUCUCUACAGUAAGACCCAAGCCCAUCGAGAAGACACACCUCAUUCACAACAACCUUCGAGAGGUUUACGUAUCUAUUGCUGAUUACCGAGGCGAUGAAGAGACCAUGGGUUUCUCAGAGGGCACUAGUCUUGAAGUUUUGGAGAAGAAUCCAAAUGGAUGGUGGUACUGCCAGGUUCUCGAUGGCUUACAGGGACGUAAAGGCUGGGUACCGUCUAACUACCUGGAGAGAAAAAAGUAAUUCCCCAAAAGUGUUUUAAACAUGCACAAUUGUAAUCAAAAUGUAAAAAGACGAACUGGAGGACUUUUGGUUUGAAACGGGAGGAACAGAGCCUUUUAGAAAGGAGUUUACAUUAAAACUAGAGUAAUUGCAGGUGAAUGUUUAGCAAAAUACCUGCCGUAACUUUAUGCCAAAUGGGUGCCUUUCGUACAUCUUUCACUGAAUGUUAAGAGGAAUUGGUCAAAUACCAGUGAAACAAUGAAAAUACCAAACUUCAACUUAGUGCCAUAGGCCUACAAGUACAGAAAGCAACAAACUUAUUUUUGUUACACCAUUAAAAAGAGAGAAAGAUAAUUUCAGCAUAGGUGCAUAACAAAACGUGCAGAUUCAAUCUUGAGAACUCAAAAACAAGAAAUUUCUGUUAAAAUGUUUUGAACAGAAAAACCAACAUCAAAUUUUAUCUUAGCAUUGAGUGCGUUCAAAAAAACAAAGCAUAACUUUGUCGUUUUUUUUUAAAAACGUAUCACUUUUUUUAGAAAUUGUUUUGUGUUUUUGAUGUUUUUAUAUCUUCCUUAGAGAUGUAUUUCUGCUUUCUUGUAACAUCCUAACACAUCGAAACAUUCACUGAGUCACUUCCUGUCCUGAUCAGUUGUCGUAAAUAACGACGAUCAAUCUCUUUUGUCUUCCCCGUUCUUUAAAUAUUCGCAGGCCAAAAUGAGUAAAACACGUUAAAGGAAAACAGUCUGUGAAAGCUACAUGCAUAGAUCACCUCAUGCCCACCCACCUCUUUAUUGGGUUUAAACCCAAGUUUAGUUUACAAAGUGCAUCUGGUCAUGUUAGGAGGGUAGACAGCUUCAGAGGACAGGACUUUAGAUAUUGCUGCUCUGCGUGUGCUAAAUCGUCAUGAAAGUCAUGAAAUCAGGACUGGAAAAUCUUAUGUUUUGUUCAGCAUUUUAUCCCAGGGAAGUAGUAACAUAACAUUGAGCCCAAAAUGUGAUCACACCAAAGAAGAAUUACAUACACAUACAUUUUGUUUUAGAGUUAGUAUUUAUUUGUAUGGGUACAAAUACAGUGUAUUCGACAAAACCUAAACGAGGUUUCAGAACUGAGAACAAAGUAUAUUUAAUUGUUAUAUCUGGAAGCACUUGAUUUUUUUUAACCCAAAGAAAAGCACAUUAAUAUGCAAGGUUAAUUUCUACGUUAUGAUAUUGCUGGGCAGUAUUGAAUCUGAAGUUACACAAUAAGCAGUUUAAACUUCUAGCGUUUCAGAAAAGUGUUUCAUUUUCUGUCGACAAAGAUGUUAAAAUAGAAUCACAAAAUUGAUCUAUUAGUCCAUAGUCCAAUCUUUCUCUUCUUUUUUAGAUGUCUAAGCUCAGAAUGAUUACUUCUCCCUUAUUCAAUCGAAUAAUACUCAUUAACAACAGCAUCAAACAGCUGAUGUUCAAGACUGCUGAAAUAUUUUUCUAAUGAAUAGUGUGAGCUCUUAAUUGAGUUUCGCACUACUUUGAUUUAUUUUUCUGCUGGACAGUAUUUUAGUGUUAAACAGUUAAAACAUUAAUUACCUGCUAGAUUGCAGUUAUAUUCUAUUAAGCAGAAAGUUGUUUAUUUUGUCUUGUUUGUUUGUUUGUUGGUUGUUGUGUGAUCACACAUGGACAAUAAUGAUGAAUGAAGUUGUUCAUUUGUUGUGAAUCAAUGCAUUUGAACUUUUUCUUGAAUGCACUGGUUUAAAGAUGCAGUGUACUUCAUCAGCAUAUAAUUUAUUUAACAACAUUUUUGUUGUAUUUAUCAUUUUUAAUCGUUUUUAAAAAAAGUUUUUACUACUUCUGUCAUGCAAAGAUGACAUUUUAUUGUCAUUUGACACUUACAAAGCUUGAUUCUCUUGGUAGUACUAGUAAUUGGCUACUGCUAUAUUCUAAGCUUUUUUUUCCUACCAAGAUGAUGUUUUUUUUUUUUUUUUUUUUUUUUUUUUUUGUCUCUUAUGUAGGCCUUUUUUACUCGUACUCUUGAAAUUGGAAGUAAUUGUUUUUUAAUUCAUGUGAACAUUUUUCACAUUGUGUGAACGUGUAUUUCUUCAUUAUUACUAUUAAAAAAUCAGGAAUGCAUUUUCAACCAAAGUGGUAGCUGCACCUUUAGCAACUAUGGACACUUCCUUUCUCGUUAUUGAGCCACAUAUAAUGCCUGAUUAUUUCUGCAAAAAAAAAGCAUUUAAUCUUAUUUUAUUAUCAUCAUAUCACUCUCAGAAAAAAAAAAAAAAAUCGACCUUAUAAAAAAUCGAAAUGAUAAUCAAUCAAUCCUUCUAAUUAAAAGCCAGCAUUAAAAUAGGAAUGAUCAAAUGACAACAGACAUAAAUUUUAUAAUUAAAAACAGCAGGGCUCUAUUAGUUAUAUAGUAUAUGUGGAUCCCAAAUUGUGACUGGACCAAAUUUGAUUUGAGUGUUUCAUUUAAAUGUUAUCUUAAAAACAUAGCAAUAAUGGAAUUGUAAAGUUCUAAUUUGGAUGAUUUUUGUUUUUAACUUUUAAAUUUGAAAAUGAAAAUUAAGCCAUUAAUUAAGCCACUCUCAAUUGCAACUCUCCUUUUGACGAUGGCAUUAUAGAAAUGUGUCGACUCACUGCAGCGCAGCGCUUGUGAUGGAUGUUGCUAAGCUCCAUUAACACUAUGCUUUUUCUUCAUUUGCGCCUAUACAAUUUACAAGGGAACUGUUAAGUGUCAAACUAGUUCUUAUCUCAUAUUACUUGUGUAUCUGCUAGCUUUGUUUUAUGUGUUCUUUAUUUAUUUAAUUUUUCAAUGCAUUUUUCAGGAACAAUGUUGUGUUUUGCUAUUUUUUUUUUCUUUUCUUUUUUUUCUUCUUCUUUCUCCUGUUCACUUUUGACAUUACUCAGAUGGAAUGAGGAAAUGUGCAAUACAAAAACAGGCAUCUCAUUAGUUAAGAACCGUUUUGAAAAAAAUGUUUUUACUUGUCAUUUUGACAAUUUUAUGUCAAAUAAUGCCUGGUUUUGUCCCAUAGUUUGUUUUUUUUUUCUUUUUUUCCUCCAAGUCAAAAUGAGCAUAUCAUGCCGCUCAAUAUGUCUUCAAAUAUGUUAUGCUGAAUGUUAAAAUCCCCUCAUAGAUGGACUCCUUCAGUCUACCGGCCACCCAUGACUUGAUUUCUGCAUUCACACUUUUUACCUACUGAACCGUGUCUUGCUUUAAGGGGUUUAGUGACCUCUCAUGGUGACCCAUGGUGAAUUAGUAUGGAAAUAAUAGGGAAGCAUGGGCAUAUCUUAUUCUCCAAGGCAUUUGUCAGUUCAGCCUGUCGAAUCACAAAUCUGAGAUGGUGGGGCAAAACCAUCAGCAGCUAUAUGAGCGCUGCACCACACACUGCCAACUGCUCGACAUGUCUCUUUGACAUCCGCCCCUACAUUGCACCGUUACCAUGGCAAACACGACUUCUCUAUCCUAAAUCCCAAUCAUCGACAGCAAGGACUUUCAUACUGUAUCAUUGUCAGUUUUCUUUUUACAUUUUUUUUUUAGCCUACUAAUAACUAAUUUUUAUUCUGGAAAUCCAGGUCUAAUUUUCAUAACAUGGACUGCAUAAAUUUGCUUCUCUUACUGUCUGAAUUCAUGAAUAUCUGAACUUGGAACGCAAGUACUGAGAGUUUUAAUGAAUUUUGCUUUGGUUAAAAAUGAGGAGAGUUAUAGACGACUGUCUUGGAGUUUUUGGUCAAGAGAACCAUUUUAUGAGAGUUGAAAUGUCUUCACUUUUCCUAUUUAAACAAAUUCUCUCAAAUAGAGGUUUGCUAUAGUUUCUUGCUUCAUGUUGUGUUUUCUUUUCUUUCCGUUUAUAUGGGAGAAUAUAUGGGAUAUAUUUACAGGAAUAUUCCAGGUUCUGUGACAUGCUUUCGAAAAUAAUUUCAUAAAAACAGACAAAAAUCAUUUGCACCAACACAAUCUCAUGAAGAAAACGUAACUAUUUUAUUAGGUGGCGACUUUAUACGAAUUUGCACAGAAAUGUAAAACCCAAUGCUAUGGUCCGCGUAACAAAAUUUUCGUCAUCAGGAGGGUCCGCGGACGUACGCGCGCUGCCCAAUUUUUGUGUCCGCAGGGAUUGUGUGCGUACAACAGUUUAUGUGCCAGUGACUUGAGCACUUGAAAACAAAGUCCACUAGAUGGAAGUGCACGUGCCGAACGCGUCUUUCCGCACUCAUGGCCAGAGGAGCAUUCGUUGAAAGGCUCGCGCACUCAAGCAUACCUGGAAAAUUAAGUAUACUCGGGCCUUAAGUUGUUCAGAAAUAAGCAUGAAGGUCCACCGUCACGAAUUCGUACUUUAUGAAUUCAAAACUCGCGAUAUUUAGAAAAAAGUAAACAUGAACGUCCAGCCCUAAAGGCCCAUGUAUACUUCAUUUUCCACGUUUCACUCCAUCUCGUGCACAGUUGAGCGAGCAAGACUUUCAAAUUAUACUCCUUUGGCACUAUCUAGUGGACUGCUGUUUUCAAGCGCUCAAGUCAUUCGCACAUGCGCUGUUGUACGCGGACCGUCCACGCGCUCUCAAAUAUUGGGCUGCACGUUGACGGAGUGUGCGAACGUCCGCGGACCCUCCUGAUGAUGAAAAUUAUGUCACGCGGAUGGCCGAAGACUUAAACCUAACUGUCAGUGGGUCCUAACCAGAUACAAAAACGUACGAAUGAGAUUGUACCAAUUCGCCAAAACAUAAAAUAGCUACGAAUUGCAAUGAAAGUGUGUUGGUUUGCACACAAAUUCAAAGUAUUGAACCUGGAACAUCCCAUAUCCUCCUCAAUCGGAAGAGACUGUUGUUAUUUUAAGAAAAGAUUGUUGGUAUAUUUUUUGUGUGUAUUCUGCGAUGGUUUGUGUACAGGAGUUUUUAAAUGGUGGAGAGAGAAGGUGAAUAGAGAGAAUGUUUGUUUAUGAUGUUUAGUUAGAAGGGAUUCCAGUCAGGUAAGGUUAGGCGCGAUUAAACAGUUCUAAUGGAUUUGUAGAAGUGUUCGCUGUGGAAAGAAAACCAAGGCUUUUUACGAUAAUUAGCACUUCAGAGAGCUUGAAGCAGCUCAUUAUGGUGUCACAGCGGCACUGCGUUGUCAUAAUAGCCCUAGUGAGGUGCUGUGUUCUAGAAUCACACUAGUUAUUUCUGUUGGAAAACUGACUGCAACUUAAUUCAAGUGAGCAGCUUUGUCUUUGAGGCCAUUGUUUUUUUCAAAACAUGACUCAGAGUACACAUGCUGAGGUUCUGAAACUUGCGAACGAAUAUCCAUCACAGCUCGCAGCUGCUGCAAGCCUCUUUAUAACAAUUAAAAAGUUGCUGACAGAAUGAUGCUGUAAAAGAAUAGGACUCCUCGUCUCCAGCCGCGGCAUCAGGAGCAGGCUACAUGCGCGCUGUGAAAUCAUAUUACCCGAGUGCUCUGUUAAUUACAGAUGCUUGGGAAGAGCGCUGUGAAUACAAAUGUCACACUGAUUGUGGAUGUCGAGCUGCCCGGGGGUUUGGAUCAGAUGCCGAGAUAGAUUGAUCAUGUCUCUAAUGGUUCACAGCAUGUCGAGAUGUAUUAACAUCAUCAAGAGGAAUCAUUUGAGCUUCCUGCAUCAGCAAAUGGCUGGAUUUACUGAGGCGUCUAUGUGUCGUGUUGGUGUAAAACAAAAAGAUGUAAGAAUGUACAUGAUCGAUUGUGUCUGGACGCUCUUUACAGGGCAAUCAAAUUGUGAGUUUCAUGCCUGAAAAAGUCAUGAAUGAAUUUGUAUUUUUGUAGUUGUGCUCAGCUCAAAAUGAUUUCAUUUUGAUUGGCAAGAAUUAAAUGAUUGGUAAUUGCGAAAGGAAGCUCAUUGGUUAAAAGGUGUGCGAAGUAUCAUGUAAUUAGCUAAAUAUGUCAAAAUGAUCAAUAAUCCGACUAACACGUCAUGUGACCUUACCUGGAUAGUAAGGAUGUAGGCCUAUAUUAGGCAUGGAUUAGGAUGGAGAGAGUCGUAUGUGUGCGCACUGUGAUGUAUGAAGUGCUUAAUGGGAGUUUGGUAGGUUUUUAAUUUUUUCUGCAUUCAUUUGCAUUAUUUGUGUUUGGUGUGAGGCGACAGGGCAUUUGUGUUCAUUUUGAUGCGAACAAGUGCAGAGAGGGAACAUGCUGCGGCAGUCUAAUCUCUUGCUGUUUUCUGUCCCUGUCUCUGCUUGGCUGUCUGCACUAAUUACCAUUCCUCUCCUCUUAAUUAACAGUCACAAAAAAUAAAAAAUAAAUUAAAAAAUAAACAGCAUGUAAUGUAACAGGCCGGUAAUGUCUCGCUUAAAAGAGUCUUUUGAUGAGCGUCACUUCUCUGAAAGUUAAAUUGAUUGAUUGCUUUCAUUAUGCACCCACUUAACAGACUACUGUCUGUGUGCAAGGGUUUUUAUUUGACAUCUUCUAAACAUUAUCUUACACAUGUACAGCAGAUUCUGUACAGGCAGUCUUUGUAAUCAAUGUACUCAGACUUCAAGUGAUUCUUCAAGCAAAGUUUAAUUCUCAGAUAGUAAGUGAAGAUGCCUAAAUGAGAUGCCACAUUGUUUCUCUGUUACAGACCAUUGGAUAUAAGGAAUGUUUGGAUGGAUAUUUGCAAACGUGUUCCAUUGGACAUAAUGAGAGAAAGCCUUGCAUUGAUAUUAUUCAGCGCUCAGCCAAAUCUACAUUUUGUAUACAUCUCUUUUAAAGAUCUAAAGGUCUACAGCUUCAGCUUUUAAUUUUCAGCAUUUUUGUUUUGUGAUUUUUACUUUACGUUUUGUUUUUGUACCUUUUUAUGUUUACAUUGUAUCUUGCAUUGUCCUAAUGGAAAACACAAUAAAAUGUAUCCUCCUUGUUCUUA